AACUGUUGUUGGGUAUAAAACUGUAUUAUCCAUAUCAUUGAGGCUACCCUAAUGAAAAAAAAAACCAUGACUUACGCCAUGUUGGACGGAUUCCGCCUCUCCGUUCGUAUCAUGUCCUAAUAGAGAAUAAGUUUUGUUAUAACCUAACCUAACCGCCAUAAAAAAGAAAAACUCCUUAGAUGCGUGCUUCCCUAAGUGUAUUCCAUAGGAACGCCGAGCGCCCAUGAGGUCAAUACAAAUACAACGUAUGGGGUAUGUGUCUUCGGUAUUUUGUCGCUCGCUAUCCUGUAUCCUUUGCCUCGCUGCAGCCCUAUCCAUAUGCCUAGCCUCUCUUUCUUGUUUAAGCUUAUACUCGAGUUCUCGCAACCUAAACAUCCAUCGGUUGUCGUCGCCAUUCUUCCCUGAAGAACUGUCGCCGUUAGAAGUACCGAGUCGCUCCAAUUCGGCCACACCCAUAGCGGAGCCGCUCCUAGACAUACUGCUCGUUCUACUCUUGGGGUUUGGGGUGUUUACUUCUAAGUGGGUCGUUUUGCUGCGCGGAAUCUUCGAGUCUCGACGAUGCGGACCAGUCGGGACAGAGGGAGAAGGACUGCCUCCAUCAAUAAGAUCCUCAUGUGAACCGUUGCUGCUGGCCUUUUUAGACCCGGACCAAUUCGCCCCGCGGGUACGCGCGUCGUUAGCACGUUGAAGAGUAGCAUUUUCGAUCUUUAGAGCCCUAUAGGCAGUUUCCAAUUGAGAUAUCUUAGUCUGUGCAUCGUAAUUGCCAGAGGUAAUACCGGUACGGACAAUAGUCUCAAGACGCUCGAGCUUCUUAGACUUAGUCUCUAGGCUACUCUCAAGGGAUUGGUAUUCUUUCCAGAGUUCGCGUUCGACAGAUUUAAUGCGUGAUUGAAAAUUACCUAUUAUGGCUUCGAUGGUUUUAA